AUGGAGCCUAAGACGCCAAUGGAGAAGCAAGAUUCCGGGAAGCUGAAAGCUGAGAUCAAGAGAUGGGCUAAAGCUGUUGCAGCUUAUGCCCGGCAAGACAGUGGCCACCUUGGUAGCUCCUUGAGGAAGAGCAGCAGGAUUAGAAGCUCCUCCGGUUCUUCUUCUUCACCAUCACCAUCGUCAUUACCACCACCAUUCUCAACAUCGUCAUCAUAA